CACCGCAUUGCUUUACUUUGCUCCUGAAGUAGCGGUUGUGAUUGAGGUAAACAUUUAUUGUUUAAUAUUUUCAUUUGAGCUUGUCUUUAAGUUAAGACUGGAAACACGUGAAGUACGGACUUCUCGUUGUUUUUAUGGACUCCCUUGUCAUCGUAAAGUAAAAAUAAACGCCCAUUUUAAAUUUGGGAGGAUGAUAGGAACCACUGGAGCACAGAUUGUAUGGAUGUAGCGGAGACACACGAUGCUAGCAAGCUAACUAGCUUCUAAGGACACAAUGUGGCUCUAACACCCUGUGCUUCUGCUGAAGAAUAGCAACAGGAAGUUGAUCUGCUGGCAUGGAAGGCACUGGAGAGAUCAGCGACACUGACAGUGGUAUUAUCCUUAAUUCAGGUUCCGACAGCCCAACCACUCAUACAAAGGAUGUGACCACUCACACACGGGCCAUGAAGCUUAAACACCAGGCACUCCAAGACCGACUGGAGAUCUGCAUACUGGAGCUGAAGAAGCUCUGCAUCCGAGAAGCUGAGUUGACAGGUCGGUUGUCAGAAGAUUACCCAUUGUUCCCAGGAGAGAAGCCUCCACAGAUUCGCAGACGUGUUGGAGCUGCAUUUAAAUUAGACGAACAAAACUUCCCUCGAAGAUCACAGGACUCAGAACUGAGUUUAGUAGAUGCCAAUUUAGCGCUUCAGAUGAAGAUUUGUGAGGCUGCUCGCAAACUCUGCGAAGAAGAUCACCUGAGCAAGGCUGUUAGGAGGAGCCGGUUGCAGCAGUUUAAAAGAGAAAAGAAUAAACUCGAGCAGCUACAAGAAAAGGUCUUUCAGUUGCGACUGGAGCGUGGACGAGCAUCGCCAAUCCCUGUUUAUAUUACACAAGAUCUUGGCACAUCUGAUGACAGUUCUUUAUCUGAUUCUGUAGUGCAAGAUGAAGAAGUCACAAGCCAGUCCUCACAGCCAUCCUCAGGACUCCCUUAUGCUGUAAAGGCGGAUCCUCCUCCACCUCCCCCCUUGUCCGCACAUUCCUCUGUGGACGGCUCCCACAUGUCUCGCCCUGUGGCUCCACAGUCCCCCCUACUGAACCUGUGUCAAUCUCCCUGUCCGAGCCUUGACUCUAACUUCAGUUUAAACUCAAGCUUAAUGUGUGACCCUCCUCCCAUCCAGCACUCCCCAUGGACAGAGUCUAGUCUUGAUCAACCUUACCAGAAGAGCAAGAAGUCACGCUCCUCCAGUACAAUGAGCAGUCCAGCCAAAUCUGAAGUGUUGCCACCACUGGAAGCUUGUGUAUUGCAGUCUGCACUGCCCCAACAGCUUUCCCAUCUGAGGCUGAGCUCCACCCAGUCAAACAGUACACCCUCCACACCAGAGAUGCGUGUGCACCGUCAACUCUCCCUAAGGCUGUCCAAUCCUGAAUCUUCCUUUCAUAAAGACCGCGGUCGCACCAGAGGUCCUAGGAGGCGACUGACGGAGUAUGGAAUAACAUUACCAGAGUCUCCCUCUGCUGCACUGAACUAUGGGAACCAUGCUAGCUCUGAGGACAGCAACUCGGAAAAAUCAUAUUCUUCUUACAGUAGCUCUCCAUGUUACGAGUUGCCUUCUGAUUUGCCCAAACAGUAUCUGUCUCCAUUCCCACUCUCUAGCCCAGUUGGCAGCUAUGGGCCUCAGUCUUUCUCAUCAUCUGGUUUUCACUGUAAUCCCAGGUAUAUGUUAAGCCCUAGUAUUCAAAGAGCCUAUUACAAUGAAGAAAUGGUCUACCCACCUGACAUGGACAUGGCACGAAGCCAUUUCCCACCACAAGCUCCUUGUACCCCUAACAGACAUGAGUAUUGGUAUAAAGACACUGCUGUACCCCACCAGAGAGCACAGAGGCCUUUGCCUCCUGAUAUCAGGCUUACCCCCCCUGCACCUUUGGAGCAACCACACUACCGCUCCAAUGGUCUCCCACGACAAAUUGUGAACGAACAUCUGAAGUCAUGGCACCAUCGCAGUCAGCUCAAACCACCAAGGUCUCGUUCUCUGGACAGACAGGGUGCAGUCAGAGUGAAAAACGCGUCAGUUCGUGAGACUUCAGGCUACCAGAGUCAGAAAUAUCAUGACCAAGUUAUUCAAAGGGGACCUCUCCAAAGAGCUGCUGACGACACUCCGGGGUGCUGGGUUGUGGACGAUGGCUCUCACUUUAUGAGUCAAGUGUGAAGAGAAGAAACUUGGAUGGCAGAGUGAAUAUUCAGCUCAGAGACUGCAGUUUUCUCUUUUUACCAAAGUAUUUAAAGUAAUGAAUUGUGUAGGCCCUUAAAGAACUGCUAUUUUUGGUUCAAAGUUUUUACAUCAGCCUGUUUACCUGCCUGGCAGCAUCUGAGCAUUAAAAACAACGAGGGAGCUGAAGCAUCUAACAAAGCUGUGAAACCAAAACCACAGCAUCUAGGUUACCACAGAGUCGUAAACAUCCUCAAAAACCUUGAUUGCACUGCAGUUGUAUGGCUAUUAAGUGCAACUGUAAGGCAUCAUUAUGUUGAGAUGUUCUAAUACACAUACACACCAAGUAUUGCAUUAAAUGGUUUGGAAAUAUUAACUAUGGAAAGAAACAGAUUCUCCUAAUGACUCUGUGCCACAUUGAGCCUUAUAUUAUGAAUUCUGCAAGUUUAAUUUGAUAUUCAGUUUUCAGUCACAAAAAAUGCCAACUGAGAUAACAGGAGCCUCUCGCAAAUGGUCACUAAAUUUGUUGUUGUAGUUUAAGAAUUAAAAAUAGAUGUUUGAAAGUUAACUUUUACAUGAUGAAAUUGAUGUUAGAUGAAUUUCUUAACUAAAAAUAAACUAAUGCAAAUUUCUCUGAGGAUGUACUAAAUGCAUUAAAGUUAUGGCAUUCCAGCUGUUUCAAGGAAAUGAAUCCACUGUAUAAUAUCAAAUAUUAGCAGCUUGUCCUAAUGAGUAUACCAUCAAUUUAAAUUCAGGCUCCUGAGUUUGUCCUCCAUCCACUCUUUUUUAGAGGCAAAACUGACUGUUCUUUUAUGCUCUGCUAGUUAACUUGAACUACUAAGCAACUUAACCAGCUAGCUGAAACAAGGUACUAACUGAAUCACAUGAAAUACAAAGUAGCAAAUUGAGAUAGAAACAGAAAAUCUUUGUUUGGCAGCUAUUAAGAUGCCUAAUUGAAAUAUAAAACUUCAGCUUGAAUUUUAUCUUUGUUGGUGCAUGUGUUACUAGACCAUUUCUAAGCACCGGUAACGAUAAAACUUACAAGAUCUGCACUCCAACACACUACUAAUAUUUGAUUAAUCCAGAAAUAUUUCAUUGUAAUUCUAAAAAGAGACUUUACUACAAUUGCAGCUACACACUGACGGGUCUCACAGUGAUCUAUUUAUGUGUUAAUUUAUUGUAAUAUUUUUGGACAUUGGACCCAUUGAAAGUCAUACUUGAAAUCAUAUCAGACAUGGACCUGAGUUUGCAGGUUUAAUCCUGUGCAUAUAUAGCUGUUCUUGGAAAAACCAGACCACAAUCAUGUUCUGUGUUUUUUUUUUUGUUUGUUUUUUUUUUUUGCUUUGACACUGUCUUGCUUUUUUAAUCAUCCACAUAAGCAAUGACAACUGGCCUAACGUGUUUUGCUGUGUAUGAAGAUUUGUAAAAGAUUUUUCCCUGUUGAUGUAAAUAAAUUGGAUUUUGUCAUA